CACAGAACUAUCUAUAUAAUUGGUUUGAUUUUAGACAAAUUCUAUUCCACUUGUUUUAUGUUUACCAUGGGUUCCCCUAGUGUCCUAGAGAUUGAAGGCACUAGAGAGGAGGUGGAAACAUCAAGCAGAAGGAUGAAUGGAGGAGAGAAAGAGAGAGGAAUUUGCUUGACUUGGAAGGAUUUAUGGGUGACUGUUUCUGUUUCCACAGGAAAGAUCAAAGAAAGCAAAUCAAUUCUUGAGGGUCUAAAUGGUUAUGCAAAACCAGGGCAACUUUUGGCCAUAAUGGGUCCUUCUGGUUGUGGAAAAUCUACACUUCUUGAUUCUUUAGCAGGUAGAUUAGGAUCAAACACAAGACAAUCUGGGGAGAUUCUUAUCAAUGGCAAUAAACAAGCAUUGGCUUAUGGAACCUCGGCAUAUGUAACACAAGAUGAUACUUUAUUGAAAACCUUAACUGUUAAAGAAGCAGUGUACUAUUCAGCUCAACUUCAGUUACCUGACUCAAUGUCUAAAGAAGAGAAGAAACAAAGAGCUGAUUUUACAAUCAAAGAAAUGGGUCUACAAGAUGCAAUUAACACAAGAAUUGGAGGGUGGGGUGUUAAAGGAAUAAGUGGGGGUCAAAAAAGGAGAGUGAGCAUUUGCAUUGAGAUUCUAACACGUCCUAGACUUCUGUUUCUUGAUGAACCAACAAGUGGACUUGAUAGUGCAGCUUCUUAUUAUGUUAUGAAAAGAAUUGCAUCAUUAGACAAAAAAGAUGGCAUUCAAAGGACUAUUGUUGCCUCAAUCCAUCAACCUAGUACUGAGGUUUUCCAACUUUUCCAUAAUCUUUGUCUUUUGUCUUCAGGUAAAACAGUUUACUUUGGACCUGCUUCUGCUGCAUGUAAGUUUUUUGCUUCAAAUGGUUUUCCUUGUCCUCCCCUUCAAAAUCCAUCUGAUCAUUUACUUAAAACAAUAAACAAGGAUUUUGAUGAGGAUAUUGAGAUUGCUUUAGCAGAGAUGAAUGGAACAAUUUCCACAGAACAAGCAAUAAAUAUCCUUGUAAGCUCAUAUACAUCAUCUGAAAGAAACCAACAAGUUAAAGAUGAAGUAGCAAUACUAUCUAAAAAGGACAACAAUUCAACAUACAAGAGGGAAAAACAUGCUGGCUUCCUUAAUCAAUGUUUAGUUCUAACCAGAAGAUCUUUUGUGAACAUGUUUCGUGAUCUAGGAUAUUAUUGGUUACGCCUUGGCAUAUAUGUUGCAUUGGCUACAAGUUUAGCCACUGUCUUCUAUGAUUUGGGUACAAGUUAUGGCUCAAUUCAGGAUAGAGGUUCAUUUCUUAUGUUUGUGUCUUCAUUCCUUACUUUCAUGACCAUUGGUGGAUUCCCUUCUUAUGUGGAGGACAUGAAGGUAUUUGAACGUGAAAGACUAAAUGGACAUUAUGGUGUUACUGCAUAUGUAAUUGGGAACACCUUUUCAAGUAUUCCAUACUUGGUGGUAGUUUCAGUGAUUCCUGGUGCUAUAGCUUAUUACCCUCCUGGUCUUCAAAAAGGCUAUGAUCAUUUUCUUUAUUUUAUUUGUAACCUAUUUGCUUGUCUAAUGUUAGUAGAAAGUCUUAUGAUGAUAGUUGCAAGCAUUGUUCCUGAUUUUCUUAUGGGAAUUAUAACUGGUGCUGGAAUUCAAGGAAUUAUGAUGUUGGCUGGUGGGUUCUUUAGAUUACCAAUUGAUCUUCCAAAGCCAUUUUGGACAUACCCUAUGUUUUAUAUUGCAUUUCAUAGGUAUGCUUUUCAAGGAAUGUAUAAAAAUGAGUUUCAAGGACUCAAAUUUGAUAGAGAUGGUGAUGCUGCUGGAUCACUCAAUUACAUUAGUGGUGAACAGAUUCUAAGAAAUAAAUGGCAUGUUGACAUGAGUUACUCAAAGUGGGUUGAUUUUGGAAUUUUGUUGGGUAUGAUUGUUUUGUAUAGACUUUUAUUUUUUAUUAUUAUCAAAACUACUGAGAAGCUAAAACCUAUUGUUUUAUCACUCAUGUCAGUCUCUCCUAAGCAAACAAUACAAGUUUUGGAGAAUCCUAAUGCCACUCCUUUACAUGUAGAACUUGUAUAA